UUUUCAGUGUCCGUUAUGGGAGACACUAAGCUCUGCUUAUUUCUUCUUUUCAGUGCUUAUGCUUUGGCUGAGCCAAGCAUUCAAGUAUCUGAUGAAGUUGUAUCAGCACCAUUAUGCCCAUUGGCAACAAGAUAUACAACCUUCAAGAAAUAUGUUUAUCAGUACACAGCCGAGAGCACAAAUGGGGUGACUGGCACAGCAAACACAAAGAAUGGUCCAAAAAUCUCCUGUAAGGUUGAACUUGAGGUUCCUCAGACCUGCAGAUUUGUCCUGCAUACCACUGAGUGUACCUUGAGUGAAGUGACCGAUGUUGAUGAUCAGGGCAAACCAGUCUACACACAAGCUCCUGGAAGUCAGUCCUUCCAAGAAGCCAUGAAGAAGAGCCCCUUGCAUUUUUCGGUGGAACAUGUGACCGCAGUUCUCAUCUAUCCUGAAAAGGACGAACCUGAGAAUAUAGUGAACAUAAAGAGAGGAAUCAUCUCUGCUCUCUUGGUGCCUCUCACAGAUGAAGAGUUCAAUAAGGAAAUGACCACCAUACAUGGUAUUUGCCCGACUGACCUUACUGUCAACUCAAGAAAGGAUAUUGACACUGAUGUGACCGUGGUCAGGGAUCUGAGAGCAUGCAGUCUUUUCUAUCCUCGCUACCUCCACACCAGUCCUCUGUCCCUCCUACCCAGCUUGGAUGGACUUAUCUCUAAGCUAAUCAGUGGCACCCAGACCUGCAGAUAUCAGUUUGACAACAGGAGAAAGCACAUGACUGAAGCCCUGUGCACAGAAAAGCAUGUUUUUACUCCAUUUUCUCAUGAUGCCCAAUAUGGUAUUACUGCUGAAGUGAAGCAAAGCUUAAUCCUGCAAGAGUCAGUAAAGAGUAACAACAGAUUUUUCAGCAACAAGGAAGGUGUAGAGAAAAGGCUUUUUGCAGAAGAAGUGGAAGACAAGUCCUUCAGCCAGACCAAGGAGGACGUUAUUACUACUAUGAAAACCCUCAACGACCUGACUCGCUUAGGAAGAAAUGAGGAGAGGGCACGUCUCUUCCACAAACUCGUUUUUCAGAUCCGGGCCAUGAAGAAUGAGACCCUGUAUUUAGCUGUUAAGGAGAUGAUGCAGAUUUCCAAAGGGCUGACCUGGCAGGCCCUGCUCCAGUGUGGCACCAGCGAGUGCACCAGUGCCGUUCUUCAGGUCAUCAGAGACUUAGAUGAACCGGCAUGGGAAGUGGAUGCAAUUGUGUACACUGUGGGUCUUAUGCCACAACCCACCCCGCAGCAGCUCAGAGAUAUGCUUAGCAUGGCCCAGCACCGUCCCAGCAAGCCAAUCAUGUAUGCACUGGCAAACAUAGUAAAGAAAUUUCCUCAAAACAACGUGAUGGAAAUCCCUGAAGUAAGAGAGGUAGCAGAAUUCAUGGAAUUUAUGCUUGGGGACUGCUCUGGAGAUGAGGACAAAACUUUUCUUACACUGAGGGUCAUUGGUGUAAUGGGCAAACAAAUGGAAGGCUUCCCGUCUCUGAAAUCUGCCCUCUUAAGCUGUGUUAGCCAGCGUCAAGCUUCCUUGUCAGUUCAAAAAUCAGCUAUCCAGGCUUUCAGACUGAUGGAAAUUGAUUCAGAUGUGAUUAAAGCUCUCCUAGCAGAGUACCAAGCCACAGAAGCACCAGCCCAGAAACGCAUAGCUGCAUAUUUGAUAUUGAUGAGGAAUCCAGAGGUUGUAGAGAAGGUGUUGAAGGCCUUAAAGUUUGAGAAGAACCCACAAGUCAAGAGCUUUGUUGUGUCUCACAUGACCAACCUUCUAGACUCAACAGAUCCGAAUCUCCAGACAGUAAAAGAUGUCAUCACCCAAGCCUUGCAAAUAGAGGAGAACUUUGUUCCGGAUUUUAGCAAGUCUCAUAAUUACAAGCUGAAGAUGCCAAUGGCUGGAUCAGUUGAGACCAAUGUGAUCUUUGACUCUGCUGACUACAUGCCCAGAGAAAUGAUGUUAGCAACCACCCUUGAUAUUUUAAAUGCUGACUUGCUUGAGAUUGGUCUGGAGGGGGAAGGCUAUGAUUCAACCAUUGAGGCCCUGUUUGGUGAAAAUGGUUUCUUCCCUGAUGCCAUCUCAAAAGCUAUGUACUGGGCCAAUGACCAGGCACCACCGGAAGUAAGCAAAGUUCUGGAGAAAUGGAUUUCCCCCUUAAAAGGCAACAGAAUGAAGAGAGAGGUCACACAGAACAUCAUGGAGCAGAUUAAGGAAAACUUUGACAAGUUUAAAGAAGGUCUCCAAUACCUUAAAGACAAUAAAGAUUCCACCAAGGCCAUGGCUUACUUGCGGUUUUUGGGAACAGAACUGGGAUACAUGAAGACCAGCGAACUCACUGGCAUUAUGGAUGAUAUCAUGUCUUAUAUUAACAUUUUCUUCAAAGAUAUUUUAUCAGUGUCUCUAAAGAAAAUAACAACUCGAAAGGAUAAUGAACUUUUUGCCCACUACAUGUUCUUGGACCAAGCCUUUAACCUGCCUACAGGUUCUGGUUUCCCUCUCAAGUUUUCACUGGCUGGAGUUUUUGCCCCUGGUGCCAUAGGAGGCCUGAAUUUUGCCCGUGGCAUGCAGCAGCUGUCAUUCAGACCAUCAGUGGGAGUGGAAUUUAUCACCCACAUGGGCAUUUACCUCCCUGAAUAUAUUAAUGCUGGAAUUAGGCUUCACACAAACAUUUACCAUGAGAGUGGCCUGAACGCCAAAAUUUCGAUGAGUGGUACCCAGGUGAAGCUUUCUUUUCCUGUGCCAAAGGAAAACACUCAACUGAUCAGCAUCAGCAAUGAGCUUAUUUCACUGACCUCGUCUGAAGAGAAGAAAGUGCCCUCUAUGUUGCCGGACAGGAUGGAUUAUACAGGAUGCAAUCUCAUUCUUCCUGGAAUGAAGUACUGCACCAUUCAUCAGUAUUACAAACAUAGCAGCAACUCCCCUUAUUUCCCUCUAACUGGAGAUAGCAGGUUUGCUGUGGAGCUUCAGCCAACAGGGGAGGUAUCAGAAUACACAGCUGCCCUCACCUAUGAACUGCUGAGGGAGGGCAAGGAGGGCCGCCAUAAGGUUGAUAGCUUGGUUCUUUCUCUUAAGGCAGAGGGCUCCACACCUACAGAGGCCACUGCUAAGUUCAAAUACAACCGUAAUAAGAACACUUUGUCCAGCGAGUUUCAGAUUCCAGACAUUGAUGUUGAGGCUGCAGUAAAACUGGCAGUCAUUGAUAGCGCUGGAAAAGGGAAGAUGCGUGGCAUUACCAUCGAUGUAAGCAGCAGAGAAAGCCUUCAGCUGUCUUUAGCCGGACGUGCCAGGAUGGAGUCCAUGAAAAAUGGUUUGUUAGAACUAGAAUUAGCAGUUCCCGCUCUACAGUUGACCGCUUCUGCUACUGCUAGUCUGAAUAAAGUGGACAGUCAUGUUCUACAACUUGAGACCAUGUAUAAAAUGCCUGAGAUGUCCUCUCUGAACAAAGUGCUCCUAAAAUAUGAUGAGAACCAGGUUGUACUGGAGAUUGGUUCUGAUAUGAACUCUGAGAUUGCAAAACUCACCCCAAACCUGGACAACUAUCGCACACAGUUACAGCAAUUUAUAGAUGAAAUGCUUGACCAACAGGUGGCCAAAACUGAUAUGAAGCUGCGUCAUAUUGUUUCCAAAGGAAUAGAGGCAGCUAAUAUUUGGCUUGAGAAAUUUGGAACAGAUAUUCCAUAUUUGAAGAGUCUUAGAAGCAGGAGAUCACUCUCAGACCUCACUCUGCCCUGUAUACCAGAAACAUUGUCUCUGAAGUAUGACACACAGUUCCUGUACAAAUUAAAAAAUGGCAAAGUAUUCUUUUCUCUGCCUCUUCCUUUCGCUGGAAAAUCAACUGAAGAUCUAAAACUCCCAUCUAUGAUAGCACUUCCAAGAAUUAACGUGCCGUGUCUUGGACUAGAUGUGCCAGAAACCAAGCACAAAUUACCCCUCAUCACCAUUCCUGAGAGCCUGGACUUCUCUUUGCCUAUGAUUGACAUGGUCGAGGCUUCUGCUAAAGUAAGCAGCAACCUUGGGACCUGGGAAGGCCUUAUCUCAGCUGGCAACUUCACAGUGGAUGUUCCCAGCUACAUCGCUAAAUACAAAAUUGCGGCCACCUGUCCUGUGACACUGUUUUCAUAUGAAGUUGAAGGUAUGGCCAUGAUUGGUGGCACUUUGGAUGACACCCUUAAAUAUCAUCUGAAUGGCUCCUUACACCACAGUUUCCUUGAUGCCAGCUUCAGUAUCGUGAAAAGCAUUGAUGCUUUUGAAAAACUAAGGAUAAAUUACAAGGCUGAAGCAACAGGUCCAUGUGGGCUCCAAACCUCCCUAAUCUGUUCUACACAGGCUCACUAUACUGGCAGUGAAAUCACUUCAGAUACAAAUGUAGACAGUGUCUUCAAAAUCGGACCCCUGUUUGCCAACACUGCAUAUACUAAAUCAAUCAACAUCGAUUUAAAGGAAGGAGAAGGAAAAGCAGAGUCCACUUUGAGUUUUGAUUCCACAAUGUUUAAGAGUCAAACUGUCACCCAGGUAGAAUAUGACGAUAAAGAGUUAUCCAUUGUGUCCAAAACAAAUUCAGAAAAUGAUGUUCUGAUGCAUGUAGCUGAACUGAAGUGCAAGGAUGGCAAGUUGUCUUUGAAGUCAGAUGCUAAUGCCAAAGCACCUGGAAAAGCCAUUCGCCUUCAAACCAACCUCAAUUUGGCAAAAGAUAAAGCAAACUUCAGAGUUGAGACCCAGGCAAAUGAUGGACCUACUCGAGCAUUUUCACUUCUUAUGGGAUCUCUGAAUGGUGAUGGACUUGAAGUAAACAUAGAUGGCUCUCUAAACCUAGAGAAUAAACGUGGAGCACACAAAGGUACACUUACUGUGGGAAGGAAUGGCUUGGCUACAAGUUGCACAACAACACUUCUGUGUAGCUCGAUGACAUUUGAAAAAACCUUCAAUGCUGGAAUUGAUAGAACUGGAGCCUCCAUGUCUCUUAUGGCUAAAGGAUCAUCGCAGGUCAGUACGGGUGAGCUUAAUGUGGAGGGCAAGAUCUCCGAGAAUGGAGUUAACUUAAACAGCAUUUUUAAAGGCACCGCUUUUAGCAGUGAUGCAAGAAGCACCAUGAACUUGGCUCUAAAUAAGCAGGGCUUGACUUUCUUCAACACCAUGAUGGGAACUUUGGGAAAAAUGAGAACUGAAAGCACACACACUCUGGAUGUAACUCUGUGGACCCUGGGAUUCCAGUCCAAGAUAGACGCUUUGAUCUGUGAUGGUGCAUCCUACAACCAUGAUGUCAAGGUUAACUUGAAACCUUUUGUUGCUUCUUUGAACUCAAACUGUAAACUUGAUGUGUUUGAUCUCACACUAAAGAAAGAAGGUAACCUUAAGAUGGAGCCAUUUAAGAUAGACGCAACUGGAAGCAUUACUGGAAAAUAUAAGCAAGACAAUACCAUUAAGACGACUUGUGGAUUCAGUUUAAUCGACUUGUCUGGGUCAAUGAAAUGUGACUCAACUGGAGAAGUCCUAGAUUCACAGAUCAGCCAUAACUUUGACCUGGAAUUUGCUGGAUUGGCGUCUGUUUUGAAAAGUGAAACCCGUUUAAAUUCCAGAGAUUUGCGUCUUGAGAAUACAAUCCGCACGAUGGCCAUGCCAUUUAGCCUCACUAUCGAUGCCAUUCUUAAUAGUGAUGGUUCAGUUAAUUUCUGCGGUAAGCACAGUGGUCAACUAUAUAGCAAGUUCCUCUUAAAGGCAGAACCUUUUGCAAUCGCUAAGUCCCAUGACUGGAGAGCCUCUGCCACAAUCAAGUUGCCAAAUGGUAACAUAGCUGAAACUCAGAUUGAAAACAAAUGUGAUGGCUUGUUGAUGCCCAAUGAGCAGUCUAUGUCAUGGAAAUUGAAGUCCAAGCUAAAUAACCAUGCAUACAACCAAGAUGUCAGUAUUUACAACAAAGAAAUGGAUAUGGGAGCUCAGCUGUCUGGAGUGCUCCUAACAAAUCUGUUCAACAAAGCAGCAGACUCUAUUGAUGUUUCUUUGGACAAUCAAGAAUUCAGUGUCUUUGGUUCCAUCAAGUAUGAUAAAAACAAAGACUGCCAUAUGAUUGAUUUACCCUUUAUUGAAAGUCUUCCAGUUGCCCUUGAGAAGAUGAAAACCUCAAUCGUAAGCAUGCUCGAAUCUCUUCAGAAGCACCUUAAUGGGUUAGAUCUCAAUUAUUUGGUCAGGCAAUUUAAAGAGAACUUGGAUAAAUUCCCCAAAAAGGUUGGUGAUUUCAUAGAGGAUCUUGACCUUGAAAACAAAUUAAACAUGGCCAAAGAUGUGGUGGUGUCUUUAGCGCAAGACUAUGCUGUUAACUUAGAUGACUUAGAAGCAUCUAUGGAAAACUUAAAGACUGAUUUAGAAAAAGCCUUAAUUGAUCUGGCAACCAAAAUAAGGGACCUGAAAGCUCAAAUCAAAGAUUUUAUUCAAAGUGGAUCUUGGACCGACAUUUUAAAAACUAUUGGAGAUGAACUUAAAGCUUUUGAUACAAGAAAUCAUAUAACAAGCACAAUCCUAGAAAUCAUCAGUGCUAUUGAAGAUGUAAUUGGACAAAUUGAUCUGCAAAAACUACAUGAUAGUAGCAUGGACUGGUUAAAAAAACUUGACGCUGAGUAUGACAUCAGAGCAAAGAUCCAAGACAAAAUAAGUGAACUAAAGGAAGCCGUGGAGAACUUUGAUAUUACAAAGUUUAUUCAGGAUGUAAUAGACUAUUUAAGCUCGGCUGAUUUGGCUAUGUACCUGGAACAGUUGUCAGACCACAUCCCCUCAGAUGAGAUUAAAAAAGUCAUCGAUUCCAUUAAGGAUGUUGUUUUUAACUGGAUUGAGGAAUAUGAAGUUGUGGAAAAACUUAAUUAUGUUUACUCAAUAAUAAGCAACCUGUUUCAAAAAUAUGAAAUUGAAAAGAGGAUGGAAGAUUUUGUUAAACUGGUAAAGAAUCUUUUUGAACAGUACAAAAUCCAGGAGACUGUGGAGGCAGUAGUAGAUACUUUAAAAUCUAUUCCAACUGAAUAUUAUUCAGACAGGUUUAUGACACUCCUGAACUCUGCUGUUAGUAAAUUAAAAUCAUUCGACAUUAAGAAAAACCUGGACGAUCUAAAUGACUAUAUUCAAAUGAUUAUCAAGAAAAUAAAAGAUUUUGAUUACGAUAAAUUUGUCGAUGAAGCCAAUAAGAAAAUCAGCCAAUUUAUAGAUUUUGUUAAUGAACAAAUACAGAUCUAUGAAAUUCCACAGAAGAUUGAAGCUUCCAGAGAGUUUCUUAGAAAGAUGCAGGAAUCUGUUUACAAUUAUAUUGAGCAAUUAAAAAAUACCAAAGUAGCUGAGCUGUACAGGAUACUUAAGGGGGUUAUAGACACCACAGCUUACAAGGAUAUUAAACUGAAGAUUCAGGAUAUGCUUGAAGAUUUGAGACAGAGAAUCAAUGACAUGGAUAUCGGCGAUGAAAUAGAAGUUUAUUUACAGCGGGCAAGUGAAUCCUACACCAAUAUGAUUGCCUUCAUCUCAUCUAAGUUCAAAAACUUCAUUGAACUAAUUCGCAAUAUAUGUGAUGAACAAGAAAUCCUUGAUAAUAUCCUCCAAGCUGUGGAAGGAUUUCUCAGUUCUCUCAAGAUGGCAGGAAUUGAAACACCAGCUUUUACUCUGCCAUUCACUUCACUCGAAGUUCCUAAUUUUAAAAUAAACAUGGCUAGUCUUCAAGAUAUCACUAUUCCAUCAGUGAUAACAGUGCCAGAAUUCAAGAUUCUGGACUGUAUUGAAGUUCCAUCCAUCACUAUUGACUUUGAAAUGAUUAAACAGAAGAUAAUUGAAUUCAUCGAUCACAUUAGAGACCUUGAAAUUCCUGAGCUUGAUCCCGAGGACACCUUUGGUGACUUAAGAGUGCUUUAUUUGUUCGACCUGCCAGAUUUUACCUUUCUGGAGUUCAAGCUUGUUGAUAUGAAGUUCCCAGACAUAAAUAUACCAAAACUCAAUGUCCAGGAUUUCGAGAUCACCAUGUUGCCGAUCCCUGAGGUCAAACUGCCAAAAAUUCAAUUUAAACCAUGCAUACCAGCUUUUGGGAAGCUGUCUGGACAACUUCAAUUCAACUCCCCACACUACACAAUGAAGACAGUGGCAGAAAUUCAAAAUACAACUGUCAAAAGCUCGGAUCCACAGUUCAAAGCUACGCUGAACUCACAGGCCAAAUCGACUAUAGAUUUUCUUGGCUAUUCGCUGGAUGCGAUGCUUCAAAUCGCAUGCCCUAAAAAGAAGAAAAUGGUCAUUAGUGAAACAAUGAAAGUCACCCACGUAGGUUUUAAUAUCGAUCAUGAAGGUUCUCUUGUUUUUAGUGGACCAUCAGCUGAGGCGAAAGUGAAGACAUCUGCUAAAGCAACAACAGAACCAUACAAAGCUGAUUUAUCCAAUGAAAUAGGAGUUGCUCUAAAGGAUGGAAUAUCAUUGACCAUGGAUACAACUUAUAACCAUAAGCUAAAUAUUGCCUGUCUGGACUUCUCAAAUGAGGCAACAUUUAGAAAAACUGCUAAGGCUCAAUUUGAGUCUGGAACCAUUUCAUUGACCUGUAAAAAUGUGGGAGAUUUUAAAUGGUCAUAUAAUGACCUCACUGAUGAAGGCAUACACAAGAGCAAUCUAGAGUUCAGUGUCAACACUGGCACUGCAAAGCUCACGAUGGACGGUGAAACUAACAGCAAACUCUUUAAAAUAAAAAAAUCACUCAAUGCUGAAUCUGUCCUUCUGAGUCACAUUAAAAUCGAUGCCAGUGCUGAGACUGAGACUCCGUUUAUAAAGAAAAGUGUCAUGAGACUUACAGGAACGGCUCAAACGGAGGGUCUCAAAAUUGAACUGACGGCCUCACACGAUGCAGAACUGACUGGAAAAGUCAGUGGAACCCUGUCAAAUUCUUGUGACUUUUUGGCGCAACCGUUUGAGAUUGCCCUUGACUGCAAAAAUAAAGGGAAUUCAAAGAUAACCCUGCCCCUUAAACUAACUGGAAAGAUCGAUCUUCAGCAUGAUUACAAGCUGAUUUUUAACUCUAAAAAACAGCACACGUCUUGCGUGGCUCUGGCUCGCUUCAACCAGUAUAAAUACAACCACAACUUCACGUUAGAAAACAAUGAAAUGGGUGCAGGGAUCUACGCAUCAGUCGACGGUGAGGCCAAUCUUGACUUUUUGACUGUCCCGCUAAAUAUCCCAGAGAUGACUGUGCCAUACUUUGAAAUCAAAACUCCUAAGAUCACAGGUUUUUCUUUGUGGAAUGAUUUGUGUCUGAAAGAUCUACUGACCAGUCCUCAACAAUCCUUUGAUAUUGACUUUAAGCUGCAUUAUCAAAAAAACCCUGAAAAACACACAUUAGACCUGGAUCUUGAGCCUUUCUACAACUUUAUUAAUGACAACGCUAAGAACCUAGGAGUACACUUUGAACAUGGACGGGAUGCAAUCGUUGAUGCCUUAACAAGCUCUUAUAACAAAGCCAGGUCUCAGUUUGAAAAAUACAACAUUGAUACAUCCAACCAGCCUCCAAGAUAUUUCACUGUCCCUGGAUACACUAUUCCUUUUCUGAAUAUCGAAGUUUCAGCAUUUAGAGCGGAGUUGCCAGCGGUUGGCUUUUUCAUGCCCAAAGAGCUCAGCACACCAAGCUUCAAACUUCCUAUCCUGUGUUUCUCAGUGCCCUCGUAUACUCUUGUACUUCCAUCUCUAGGGUUACCAGUAUUAAAUGUUCCUAAAACACUAAAAAAAUUGAAGCUACCCACGUUCACAUUACCAGAGAUUCAAAACAGCAUCAUGAUACCUGCUUUAGGCAACUUGACCUACGACUUCACAUUCAAAUCACCCGUGAUUACCGUCAGCUCUAACGGCGGCUUGUACAAUCAGUCAGACCUUGUCAUCAAACUGGGUGCAACGUCUACCUCUGUAUUUGACCUCCUUAAAGGCAAACUCGAUGGUACCACGAGCAUUACCAAAAAGAGGUGUCUGAAGGUGGCCACGACGCUGUCACUGGAACACAAGAAUGCAGAAUAUAAUCAUGACAGCAGUUUCAGCCUUACAAAGAGAAAUAUUGAGACCUCCUGGGCAAAUGUCUUCAAGGUCAAACUGCCUGUUUUUACAAUGGAGUUGAAUCAGCAACUCAGUGGAAAUACUAAGACCAAGCCUAACAUUGCUUCAAAUCUAAAACUUCAAUACACCUAUCGUCUCCCACUAUUAAAAGCAGAAGGAAAGGGAAACAUGGAGCAUGCCCUUUCGCUUGAGACACUGCUAACUCAUUUCUCUCUGGAGAGUAUUUUAAAAGGUAAGACUGAUGGGAAAUUUCAAGAGACUGGACGGUUUUCUGAUUCUUUUAACAAUGAAGCAACGAUAUACCUGAAUAUCAAUGGUCUCCGUUCCACUGUGAAAACAGACAUAACCUCUGAUGGAGACUACAAAAAGAACAAAAUCUGGAAUUUAGACAUUACUAAGAACUUUGAACUUGAGGCUUCUCUUAAACGUAUUUAUGCUACAAUAACUUACACAAGCAACAACAAGGUCAAUACUGCAUCAUUCUCGACCAAUGGAAAGCACUUAGUGUCAGGUUUGUUUGAAUUUGUUCCACUGACGACGCUGUCUUCUCAUUUCGUUAUUGAUAUAUCGCAACCAUCCAGCCUUGGUUUUGCAGGACUAGCUGAGAACAUGGAUCUUGCUAUCUCUUUGGACAAACAGAAGUUCGUUUGGAAUUGCACACAAAAACUAGGAUCUGUUAAACAUUUCAGUGACCUUUUGCUAUCCAACGAUGUAUCCGAGAUUCGCAUGGAGUAUACAAAAUUACUUUUAGGUUAUGUUGCAUUCCUGAAGUCUAUCAAAUUGCCUGUGUAUCAGAAAUCUCUGUGGGAUGUGUUGAAGUUUGAUGAGACCACCAGCACCGAUCAAUUACAGUCCUUUAGCUUUGCUACUCACUGGGUAUAUACCAAGAGUAUGGAUGGAAUACUCUUGACACUACCUUCAAAAGUGUUUGAUAAAGGACUCACAUUUAAAAUUCCAGUAUUUACAAUACCAGCACCCAACUGGCUAAAACAGAUUCCACAUAUUCUUAAAGAUAUUGACAAGCGACUUGAAAAUGCAGAUGUACCUGACUCUAUCACUAUCCCACCUGCCAUCACUAUUCCAUCUUUUAAUCUACCUUUCACCAGCUUACAAGUGCCAUCUUUUACAAUAGAUCCAAAGAGUCUGAAAAUCCCAAAUGUCAUCAAAACAAACUCAUUCGACAUAACUCUGCCGGCUCUACCAAAGGUCAAAGUUCCCAGCAUUGAAAUAAGCACAAAAUAUUUGAAGGACAAAAUGGCUCUUCUGUUUUUUAAGUUCCCAAAAUACGAGAUAACCAUCUCACCACUUACCCUGCCUAAAUCUUUCACCAUUGGUGAGCACACUAUCAGUCUGGAUGACAUCAUCAAAAGUGUGUGUAACUUCGAGAUGCCAGCCAUAACCAUCCCUGAACAGAAACUUGAGAUCCCAGAGAUCUCCCUCCACCUACCAGUCGGUGUGUUUAUUCCAGCGUUCGGUGCCCUCUCCACUACUGUGAAAGUUUCCUCCCCGAUUUAUAACAAAACAAUGACAGCAAAAAUGGAGAAUAAGGCGCCAGGAUUUGUGUACACACUCAAGUCCAACUGUAUUUCCACCAUGACCUUCUUGGUGUAUGACUUGGAAGCUGUUGCCAGAGUUUCCCUUGAUAAUGGAGCCUUAAAUUUGGAUGGAAAGUGUACCCUGUCCCACAAUGAUUUGAAGGUGAACUGGAAGCAUGACCUCCAAAAGAGUUUGAGAGUAAAACGAGAGGAACCUUCUGCUUCAAGGCCCCACAGACACACUCUGGAUAUUGAUGUUAUUAGCCAAACAUUUGCGGAUAUAAAAUUCCACUUUGCCUCCCACAGCAACGGUAUCACAUCUUCAGUCUCCUCACCUGCUGGCUUUGUUGGAUUCCAGUUUACAAAGAGAUCAAACUCCCAAUAUUAUGGGAAAUUCUUUACCCGAACCUUGUCAUCCACUGACAAGGAUACAGAUCUACUGAGUUUCAAGAUAACGCUGAAAAAUUCAGAUAAACUGAACCUUCAAACCAGCUGGCAUCUUAACGGGUUCUUCGAAAUGGUGAAUGGAUUCAAAGCCAAGCUGCCUGAUAUCACCGCAGCAAUCCGUGACUUCUUCAACAAAUACCACAAAGCUCAUUUCGGCAUUGAUCUCAAUCGGGCUGCUGUAAAGUUCAGAAAUGCCAUAAGUAACAGUAUUGACAGAGCGUACAGCGACUUCCCUAAAGUAUUAGAUUCUAUGCAGAACUCGAUCGAGCAACUGAGCCAGCAGUCCAAAGACAUGUUGAAGCAAACGAUGAAGAGCAUGCCAGAGAUUAACUGCCAGGAUUUGAUCAACAAAGUUACCAACAAAAUUAAAGACCAGCUUCAGACUUAUGAGUCCAACGUUCGGGUGGUUUUCGACGCUAUUAUGAAGUUCCUGAGUGAGACCAAGUUUCAACUGCCAGGUUUUGAAGAGAAACUCACCGGACAGGAGUUAUACUACAGGAUGAGACGCUCUCUCUCGACGGCCAUCAAACGGGCUGCGGGUAGAUUUACCAGCCUUAUGGAGACCAUAGCAGACGCGGUUGCAAGCUUCAUCAAGGAAAUCAAUUUCAGUAUCCCAGGCACAAAUUUAAUUUUUAAUGGCCGAGAGAUGAUGGAGAAUCUAAAAUCUGCCGUGAAGUCGGCACAGGAUGAUAUAAUUCAAGCAAUGAAGAGAUGGGAAGGAAUGAAGCUAGAGAGCUUGCUACAGAAUAUCAGUGAUUUAAUAAAACGCUACAUCCAGAGUAUUAGAAAGUUCAUCAAUUCGUUGAAGACUGAACAAUUUCAGGACCUUUCAAGCUGUGUCCGUGGAAUUUAUUCUAAGAUCAGCAACACCCAAGCAAUGCAAUCAAUCACCAAACGGCUUCAAGAAGCAAAAACAAAUGCAAUAGAGUACAAAGACAAAGCGCAACAGAAAAUCCAAGACUUCUACAACGACUUAUCCCUAGAUAGUCUUAACUCAGCCAUCAGUGAUGUGUUUUCAUUCCUAGAGAAACACAUUCGUACGAUUACUGAAGAUGUCAUUGAAUUUCUAAAAAAGGUUUCUCAGCAUACACAGCCAUACGUAAAGGUCAACAGCAAAAAGAUAGAUAUCGAUAUCCCACUUCCUUUUUACUGGAAUUCUUUUAGUGACUGGCCAAGCAUGACUUAAAUUUCACUGUUAAACUGUGUCAAAAUACACAUAUCGCCAAAAGUAUUUGAACACCUAACCAGGUGACAUCUCAUUUGGAAGACAUCUCAUUUGGAAAACAAAUGGUAUUAAAAAAGAGUGACCGCUGUGUGAUAUAUUCAGCUAUAUUUGUGUCCAUUUAGUCAAAAGAAAAACAUAUGAAUUAGAAGGGGUGUCCCAAAACUCUAUUUAGUGGACAUCUAAUUGUCAUACAGACAAAACACUGUGUUUAAGUAUUUGUGUAUUUUUUUUUUUCAUUGUACUGAUAUGUAACCAACUUAAAACUCUAAUGGAACCUGAGUAAAAUCUUGUUUGCAUAUAACAAAA